AUGGCGUCCAAGACCCUCUUCGCCUUCCUCUUCGCUUCCUUCCUCCUCCUCUCCAUCCCUCCCCCUUCCACCUCGCAAAACCACCUCACUUCCUUCUCCAUCUCCGACUCUCCAUGGCGCCCCUCCUCCAACAAACUCCUCCUCUCUCCCAACUCCACUUUCGCCGCCGGUUUCCUCCCUCUCCCCGCUUCUCCCAACCUCUACUCCUUCUCCAUCUGGUACAACAACAACAACUUCUCCGGCGGCACAGAAAAUCCAUCCACCGUCGUCGUCUGGUCCGCCACCUUCACCGCCAACGCUUCCCUCUCCAUCACCAACUCCGGCCGCCUCGUCCUCGUCAGCAGCGGCGGCGCUUCCCCCUCCAACCUAUGGCCUGGCGCUCCCUCGUCGGGCUCCAAUUCCAACUCUUCCACGAGCCUGAUUUUGAGCGAGGAUGGGAACCUCGCUUUCGGGGAUUUUUGGAGCAGCUUCCUCCAUCCCACGGACACUUUCUUGCCCGGGCAAAGCAUCAACGGAACUUCAAUUCGCUCAAGGAACGGGAAAUUCAGCUUCUCGGAUUCCACCUCUCUGUUUUUCAACACCUCGGAGCAGUACUGGAAAAUCGACGACGCUCUAUCUCAGCUCAGCCCCGACGGAACCGUGCCCAAGGCGAGCGGCGACAAGGUCUACUGUGCGGAUUACGGGUCGAACCGGACCCGGAGGUUGAAGCUCGACGACGACGGGAACUUGAGGAUCUACAGCUUCGAUCCGGUUGAGCGCCGCUGGUUCGUCGCGUGGCAGGCUAUCCAAGAGCCUUGUAGAGUGAAGGGGAUUUGCGGCGAGAACGCCAUAUGUACCACAACCAACGACGGCUCCGAUUCCACUUCCUGCGUGUGCGCGCCGGGAUUCGCGGCGGUGGGGGGAUCGAGCAGUUGCCGGAGGAAGAGGAAGAUCGAGUUAGGGGGAAGCGAUUUCAAGUUCCUCCGCCUCGACUACGUGAAUUUCAGCGGCGGGACGAACGGGAGCCUUCUCGACGCUCCGAAUUUCGGUGCGUGCAGGGCGAAUUGCUCUGCAAUGCCCAGCUGCCUAGGUUUUCUGUUCAAGUACGACGGCUCCGGCUACUGCUUCCUCCACCUCGGCAGGCUGCUCGACGGGCUGUGGUCGCCGGGCACGGAAGCCGCCAUGUAUUUGAAAGUCCACGCUUCCGAAACCGACGCCGCCUCGAAUUUCACCGUACUGAUGGAUGUGCUUCCGACGACUUGCUCCGUUCGGAUCGGCCUGCCGAUUCCGCCGGAGGAGUCCAAUUCGACCGCCAGAAACGUCGCGAUCAUCUGCACGCUGUUCGCGGCGGAGCUGAUUUCAGGGGCGGUGUUUCUGUGGGUGUUUCUGAGGAAGUUUAUCAAGUAUCGAGACAUGGCUCAAACCCUAGGCCUGGAGCUGCUCCCCGCCGGCGGACCCAGGAGGUUCACUUACGCGGAGCUGAAAUUAGCCACCGGCGAUUUCUCCAAGGCGAUCGGGAGAGGCGGGUUCGGGGACGUGUACAGAGGGGAGCUGCCGGACAAGCGAGUGGUGGCGGUGAAGUGCUUGAAGAACGUCGCCGGCGGCGACGCCGAGUUCUGGGCGGAGGUCACGAUCAUCGCCAGGAUGCAUCAUCUCAAUUUGGUGAGGCUGUGGGGUUUUUGUGCGGAGAAAGGGCAGAGGAUUCUGGUCUACGAAUACGUCCCCAAUGGGUCGUUGGACCGGUACCUAUUCCCGGCCGGUCGGACCUUGGCUUCACUGGAUGUCGAACCGGACCCGAACGGUCCGACCGUGAUCGAUGGGAAGAAACCCAUGUUGGACUGGGGGGUCAGGUACAGAAUCGCUCUCGGCGUCGCGAGAUCGAUCGCGUACCUGCACGAGGAGUGCCUGGAGUGGGUCCUCCACUGCGACAUCAAGCCCGAGAACAUCCUGCUGGGAGAGGAUUUCUGCCCAAAGAUCUCGGACUUCGGGCUGGCCAAGCUGAGGAAGAAAGAGGACAUGGUGAGCAUGUCGAGGAUUCGAGGCACGAGAGGGUACAUGGCGCCCGAGUGGAUCAAGAGCGACCCGAUCACUCCGAAGGCCGACGUGUACAGCUUCGGGAUGGUGCUGCUGGAGAUCGUGACCGGGAGCCGGAACUUCGAGAUGCAAGGGUCGUUGAUGGAUAGCGAGGAUUGGUAUUUCCCGAGGUGGGCGUUUGAGAAGGUGUUCAAAGAGAGCAAAGUGGAGGACAUAUUGGAUAGGCAGGUGAAACAUUGUUAUGAUAAAAAGGUGCACUUCGAGAUGGUGGAUCGAAUGGUGAAGACGGCGAUGUGGUGCCUUCAAGAUAAGCCAGAGAUGAGACCGUCGAUGGGGAAAGUGGCUAAGAUGUUGGAAGGGACAGUGGAGAUUAUCGAGCCUACGAAACCCACCAUCUUUUUCUUGCAAGAAUAA